CCGAGAUUCAAUAUUUAUCAACUUCUUGAUAAAUGCGGACUUAUACCGUUAAGUUCGUGCCGUUGUUAUUGAUAGGAGUUUCGAGAGAACGAGUCGAGACGAGUUGAGUAUACGAUAUAACCAAUUUGAGCCAAGUCUACCUUUGUCAGUUGGAACAGUUACGAAGGAACUUAUACUAUUCUGAAUAAACUCUACCUCUCAAUAAGUGACGCAACUCUAAGAAGCUAAAACGCCUUAGCUCUUACUUUUUGUUAAUAAACCCAUAGUGUAUGCUUGAUCCCUGGUUCCCCGGUAAUGCUUAGCUCUUAGCCGAACAAGACCGGGGUUAGCAGCAUGGGGGACGGGCUACGGGGUCUAUGGGGUAGUGCUACAUAGCGCGCCAUCCUUUUCCCUGACACCGCUUUGCAUACCUAAGGUACCUCUGUACCGACUGUUAUAAGUCUCGAUACCCUCCUCAACCGGGGCUUGUUGUGAACUUCGAUGACAAUAGCUCUAUUUCGUGUUCUUUCAUACUUGCGUUAUACCCUCCCCACUAUACACCUGUACGGGAUACCUAUAUCCUGCCGCCUGCGUAUUAGCUGUACGGUCUAGUUUAGAUAAUUACCUCUUGAGACUUAGACGGGGUUGUCAUUUCGUUAACUACAACAUCAUCUAAUAUUAUGUCUGGACCGACGUCACGGUUGAGGAAUCUACUCGGCCAUCUAGGGCCGACAACCCCGAAGUCGCCCGUUGGCGUUGACCAUACCCAUCACAUCCACCAGCUGUCCCCAACAUUUUUUCUAGAGAGGGCUGCUGCUAUCGAACCCGAUGCUCCCGCUAUAUAUCACGUUACAGCCAACAACAAAGUCCUAAGGAGGCCGUAUAGCGAAUUCGCGGACCGUGCCAGGGGGUUAGCCUACUACAUUCGAGAACACGGCUAUAAACGUGUCGGUAUACUGGCGACUAACACGCCUGCUUUUUUGGAAUCGAUAUUCGGAAUCGUGGCCGGUGGCGGGGUCAUCGUUCCUGUAAACUAUCGCUUAAAACCCGAUGAUAUCACCUAUAUUUUUGAUUUUGCCGAGGUAGAUUCCAUCAUCGUGGAUAACGAAUAUCUACCGUUAUUAGAAGAGUUUAAGAAGAGCCAUCCUAAUGUACCCUUCAUCGUUGACCUGGAUACCGAUGCGACUGAGGGUGAGCUCUGUGGUCCAUUCGACGAGGCGGUGCUGGAAGGCUUGAAAUAUGACCAAGCACAUGGUAACAAGGGGUGGGCUGGUCUGCACGUCCAGGACAUCCACGAAGAUGACAUGAUCGCUAUUCCAUUCACAUCAGGAACGACUUCGAGGCCUAAAGGAUGCGUCUAUACACACCGAGGCGCAUACCUUGCGGCACAAGCUAACGUUAUUGAAUCCGGAUUGAGUCCUGACACGGGGAGGUGUAAAUAUCUAUGGACACUACCGAUGUUUCACGCCGUAGGCUGGACAUUCCCGUGGGCAGUAACCGCGGCUCGAGGCACGCAUUAUUGCCUCAGGAGAGUUGACUAUCCGUUAAUUUGGAAACUUCUGAAGGAAGAAGGGAUCACAAAUUUUAGUGCGGCGCCGACGGUGAAUACUUUGCUCUGCACUUCGAAAGAAGCAGCGAGGUUACCACAGCCCGUGAAGGUCACCGUAGCCGCGAGUCCGCCAACGCCACACCUUUUUAAGCAGAUGACCGAUCUAAAUCUACACCCCCUCCAUGUAUACGGCCUGACGGAGACGUACGGCCCAAUAACGAAGGGAUACCGCCUCCCACAAUGGGACGCCCUGCCAGAGUCGGAGAGAUACAUCAAGAUGGCUCGCCAGGGACACGGCUUCAUAACCAGUCUUCCGAUCCGCAUCGUCAAAACCGAUCAGCCGGAAGGUGUUCUCGUUGACGUCGCCAAGGACGGUAAGGAGAUUGGCGAAAUUGUCUUCUUCGGUAAUAUCUGCUGCAAGGGUUACUACAAGGACCCAGAAGCUACGAGGAAGCUCUUCGCUGGUGGCGCACUACACUCUGGCGACUUGGCUGUCUGGCAUCCGGAUGGCAGUGCGCAGAUCCAGGACCGGGCUAAGGAUAUUAUUAUCAGCGGCGGAGAGAACAUUUCCUCAGUCGCACUCGAGGCCAUGCUAGUCCAGCACCCCGACGUCCUCGAAGCAGGCGUCGUAGCCGUACCAGAUUCGCAUUGGGGUGAGCGACCCAAGGCGUAUCUAACAGUCCAAGAAGGAAAGACGCUAGAACCGCAAGACGUGAUCAACUGGGCUCGCAAUCAAAGCGCGAUCAGCAAGUUUAUGAUCCCGCGGGAAGUCGAGAUAGUCGACGAACUCCCUAAGACGAGUACCGGGAAGAUUCAGAAAAACGUUCUGAGGCAGUGGGCGAAGGCAGGGAGGAAGUAAUAGCAUGACGACAAGAAAAAGCGUACUCUGAGGAAUGGCACAAAGUAUAUGGCUACGAACCGGAGAGCGAGUGUGGAAUUAUGAGGUAGUAUGUAUACCAUAAAGCAGUUCAAAUUAAGAGGCGACCAGCGAGCAUUUCAGAGCCAAUUGGCUGUAAAUAGGAAUAAAUCUAGAUUUAGGUAAUCUGCUAUAAGGGCAAGCCACCUGCGCGUACACACGCUUAAAGCUCGCCUUGUUCAGUUCAAAA